UGUGCGUGUGUCAUUGUGAAUCAUCACGUCAUUCAUCAAAAAGUAGUCCAGAUCCCGUUGGUUGGUUCGUGUGUCGUUCAGUUAGCUUUCCCAGCUCGGUUGCUUGGAUCGAGUGUUAACAUCAAAACAAUAGACACUUUGAAGUGGCCACCCAGUUCGCGGAUGGCAAAAAUUUGACUAAAGUGAUGCUCCAGAAGAACUCCCGUCCGGGCUACAAACGCGUCAUCAAGAACACGGCCAAAUUUUUGAUCGUCGCCGAAGCGAUCGCAUUCGCCGCCACCUACGCGGGUUGGUACCGCCUCAACACCAGUCGUGAAACCCGCCAUUACGUAAAAGAGAACUUCCCGAGCAUUCUGGAAAGUUACUACCAGGUGGGCGAAUUUAUUAGUGGGGACAAGGCGAUUCGGAACCACGACGAGCUUAUCUGGAAGCAGGAGCAGGAAGCGAGACGAUGA